AUGUUCGAAACCUCUAUAAAUGACAGUGGUCAACUCUUUUUUGUCAAUGUGCCAGUGGAAAAUCGUCUUGACUCUGCCGCUCUCUUUACUCGACUCAACGACGAAAAUCUCCUGAAGAACCGGGAACCGCUCAUCAGAAUCGCCAGCCUUCAAGAUCUGUUCGAGGAGAGUUCGCCUAAUAACAAAAAUGUCCACUUCAUCUACAUCCCUCCGAAGUUGCCUUCCGGAGGAAGGAAGCGUCCCAAUCCCGUGUCGGUGUCAGAUAUCCCGCCUGAACGAGACCUCAAGAAGAUGCGAGCUUACUCCGAUACACCAUCCCUUCUUGCGACACCAUCUCGUUAUCAGGCCGCUCAGUGCAUCCCGACCGCUCGCCUAAUUUACGACGACCGCCCCGGGCCAGACUACGGCGUCGCUCCAAUAGCUUUGCUCUACCCCCCUUACGGAGAUUUUCUUGACGCCUGCGCCAAACCCCUCCCUAAAGAAUUCGAAGCUAUUGACUUGAUCGCUAUGAUGCGGGAAGUUGACGCCCUUGUAGUCAUAGCGGCGGGCUUCCACAAGGACGAGGACGAAAGGAACAAUCAGUUUAUAGAUGCUCUCAAUCGCAUUUUUCAGUGCUAUCACGAUCGUAGCGAGCCGCUCGCACCUAUGUCCCGGGCCAUCAUCGCGCAGAAGCGUACUACUGAUGGGCACACCUCGGGGCCUAUAACAGACAGAGCCUUGGAGGUCAAGUGCAGCACUGGAAAUGCGACCUCGAACGGUGAAGUACAGAUCGCGUUGUAUGUUCACAAUAUCAAUGCGUCUGCUCAAGAACGGUGUCCAAAAUUAUUUGAACGUUAUCGGGUGCCUACCCUGGCUAUGACCCUCAUCGGUGAGAAGCGAUUCCAUCCCACUAUCACAUUAUGCCAAUAUGUUGUGUGCUUUGGGGGACCAGGCCCCUCUUUGCAGUUCUUCGGCAUGGUGCAGCUGAACAAGAUGCCUCGUCAAGUUGCGCUGACGCCUUCAUUUCGAUUGGUCCAAUGUCCUGGUGAUGGAGGUGGAUACGCCUGCGGUCGAGUCGACUCUCCAUUAUAUCGAGCGUUUGCCGCGGCUCUCGUGCUUUGCAAGAGAAUAACUAAGGAUAUGAAAGAUUGGAUGAAUGCCGCUGACUCAGAUACGAACGCUCCCAUUAUUCCUAUCCAAAAUUACACUUUACCAGCGAUUUCUCAGAUUGGAGAUGUCCGCUUCCAAAUCGAAUCUAAACUCGGUCUCGACCACGGCCCAUCUUAUGUCUACCUUGCCCGAACGGAACAAGGCAGAGAUGUCGUGGUGAAGUUCUCAGAGCAAUACUGCCAGGUUCUUCACAAUUUCUGUGCAGAGAAGGGGAUGGCUCCCAAGCUCCUUGGUUAUGAGAAUUUACCCGGAGGGUGGAUUGGGGUUGUGAUGGGGUACCUCCCAGAUUCUCAUCCAUUGGCCGACCCUAGGUUUACUUCGGAGGAGAAGCAAAAGAUGUGCGAUAAAUUAAAGGCAUGUGCUCGGGCGAUGCAUGAUAACGGAUACGUCCAUGGAGACCUGCGGGAGACCAACGUUAUCGGUGUGAAGGAAGGUACUGUUUGGAUUAUUGACUUUGAUUGGGGAGGGGAGGAUGGGAAGGCGGAGUAUCCACAUGCGAGUUUGAACGAGCACUUGUUGGAUAAAGAUCAGAAGGAUCUUGUUAUCAGGCGGGCUCAUGACGAGAGGGUUUUGCGGACUACUAUCGCUCGGAUUUUGGGAUCAUGA